GAUUACAGAGAGGAGUAAAGAUUUAUAUAUAUAUAUUUUUUAUUUUAUAUCUCUCACUGUAUAUGUGUGUGUAUUUGAGUUUUAUGUUUGUGUUUUUAGACAUAAAAAUGGCGAGGGAAGCUGCUGAUGCAUGCAUGGAAGAUAAAGAUAUGAUCUCCACAACCUCACAGCAGUCUCCGGUUACCAUUAAGCAUGAUCCUCAGGUGACAGGGGUGGUGGACGACGAAGAAAAAGAGCCAAACUUUGGUGGUGGUAGUGGUGAUAGCGGUGGCGGUGGUGCAAUAGUAGCAGGCUCUGGAGGAGGCUCGGUUAUUGUUGAAAUGACAGGGAAGAGGAAGAGAGGAAGGCCUAAGAAGUUUGAUAUGGAUUCAGAAAUAAUAUCGCCGUUGCCGUCGCCACCUCCUGGCUUUCCUUCUUCCCUUUCAAGGACUUUUGAGAAGCGGGGCAGAGGGCGUCCCCGUGGUUCCGGUAGACUGCAACUCUUGGCUUCCCUUGGAAGUUUUGCUGCAGAAACAGCAGGUGGAAGCUUCAUUCCUCAUGUAGUUCCUGUGAACACUGGAGAGGAUAUUGUAAGUAAGAUUUCUUCAUUUGCUGAAAGGGGUUCUCGAGCAAUUUGCAUUCUUUCUGCUACUGGUGUUGUCUCAAGUGUCGUUAUUCGUCAGCCUGGUCUUUCUGGUGGAAUUUUGAGAUAUGAGGGCCGCUUUGAGAUUCUCUCCCUGUGUGGAUCAUUCACAUUUGAUGAAACAAGUGGUGCAAAUGGCAAAACUGGAAUGUUAAGUGUUUCCCUGGCUAAACCUGAUGGUCGAGUUUUCGGUGGCGGUAUUGUUGGGUCUCUGAUAGCAUCCGGUCCGAUUCAACUUAUAGUUGCCAGCUUCAAGCAGAAUAUCUGCAAAGAACUAAAACUGAGGCAAUUGGCAGAAUCUGCAGCAGCUGCUGGAUGUGUGCUUGGCAAUUCAGAAAAGGUAAGAUCUUCAUUUGAAAUUGCAGGAACCAUAGAAGGUGAAGGGCAUUGCACGUCGCCAACAUCUCCACAUUCAGAACAAACAAAUGGUACUGAAGCAUUUACAGCUGAUCCUCAAAACAUCUUCGCGCAAGUGGAGCCCCCUUUAGACUCAAGAAAUGAAGAUCUCUAGAUGCUUGCCUGCGACUCUUAGUAUAGUUGUUAAAAAUUGAAAUUCAACUCUCUUUUUCCUUUUUUUUUUCGUGUCAACCUCUUAUCACAACGCCUAAAAUAUGAUAUCAGUGAAAACCUUUUAUCAUGAAAAUCGAGUAUAAAAUAGAUCCAAAAGUUUUUGAAAAAAUGUAAAUCUUAUUAACACAACAUAUGGUGAGCUCAGAAUAAGAGCAUAGUAUUAUAUUCAGUUGCAAUGAAUAAUCCCUGGCUUGAUCAAACAU